AUGGAUAUUACAAAUAAAAAAAAAUCUCAACAUAAAACUUCAACACAUACUGAAAUUCAACCAAUUGAUAAUGCACGAACAACAACUGAAAUUCAACCAAGUGAUACUGCACGAACAACAACUGAAAUUCAACCAACUGAUAUUGCACGAACAACUACUGAAAUUCAACCAGUUGCUAAUCCAACAAGAUUUAGAAAAGAUCUACUCUACAGAAAGAUGAUGAAAUAUUAUAAAAAUAUUUCUGAUUUCACAAAUAGAAUUCACAAUUUUACCAACAAUGGUUCGUAUAAAAUAAUAAUGACAUUAGUUGGAUUUGGCAUACUUCUUUGGCUUAGUACGUGUAUUAUUCCAUCUUAUUUGGAUGCAUAUGGUUAUGCUAUGGUUUACAAAAUAUAA